GGGGCCUGCGUGGGGCGGGGCCUGCGUGGGGCGGGGCGAGGCAGGGAGCCGCCCUCUCCGCCACUGAGCGCCGGUUGCCCAGCGCAGUGGUAUUAACAUUGGAAGUUGGUAUCUUGCUGCAUAUUGGAAACUGAAUGUAAUGGCAACAGAAUUCUUGAAGAGUUGUUGUAGAGGAUGCUUCUAUGGUGAGACAGAGAAACACUCGUCUGUGGAAAGAGAUCUGAAAGCUACUAUCUCCAGUAGCCAGAACACUGCUAUUUGCCUGCCUCCCUUGACCUCGGUUUCUGUGAAGCCUCAGGUUGGCUGUACCGAGGGCUAUUUACUUUCCAAGUCGCCGUCCAAUGGCAAAGAAGUACCAUUUGUGGUCCCCAGGGUUAAGUUGUCGUACAUUCAGCCCAGGACCCAAGGGACUCCUUCUCAUCUGGAAGAGCCUGAAGGUUCCGCCAGGGCAUCUUUUGGAGAUCGAAAGGCAGAGCUGUGCAACCCCUCCCAGCACGGGCCCGGCUACGAUGUGUACAACCCACUCUACAUGUACCAGCACGUUUCGCCCGACCUGGGUCGGCGCUUUCCCCCUCAGUCAGCAGUAACGAGACUUUAUGGAUCAGUUUGUGACUUAAGGGCCAGUAGACUUCCAGGCUCUCCUGGGCUAAGCAAAUCUAUGUUUGAUCUUACAAGUUCCUCACAGCGUUUCAUUCAGAGACAUGAUUCAUUAUCCAGUGUGCCAAGCAGUGGUUCCUCAAGGAAGAAUUCUCAGGGGAGUAACAGAAGCCUGGAUACGAUUACUCUAUCAGGAGAUGAAAGGGAUUUGGGGAGACUGAACGUGAAAGUGUUUUAUAAUUCUUCAGUAGAACAGAUAUGGAUCACAGUUUUGCAGUGCAGAGACUUGACUUGGCCAUCCAGUUAUGGAGACGCUCCUACUAUUUCUAUAAAAGGAACACUAACUUUGCCCAAGCCAGUGCAUUUCAAGUCUUCAGCCAAGGAAGCCUCCCCUAAUAUUGAAUUUAUGGAAACAUUUGUGUUUGCUAUUAAACUCCAAAGUCUACAAACUGUAAGGCUUGCAUUUAAGAUCCAAACCCAGACUCCCAGGAAGAAAACCAUUGGAGAAUGCUCUCUGUCUCUCAGAACUUUGAGCACACAGGAAAUGGAAUACUCUCUGGAUAUAAUGCCACCAUCAAAAAUUUCUGUUUGCCAUGCAGAGCUCGAAGUGGGAACCUGUUUUCAAGCAGUGAAUAGCAGAAUUCAGUUACAAAUUCUUGAAGCACAAUGCCUGCCAAGUUCAUCAACACCGCUGAGUUUAAGUUUUUUUGUGAAGGUGGGAAUGUUUAGCUCAGGAGAGUUGAUUUAUAAGAAGAAGACUCGCUUACUGAAGGCCUCCAAUGGAAGAGCCAAGUGGGGAGAGACGAUGGUUUUCCCACUGGUGCAGAACGAAGAAGAAAUCCUUUUUCUCAUUAAGCUUUAUAGCAGAAGUUCUGUAAGAAGAAAGCACUUUGUAGGCCAGGUUUGGAUAAGUGAAGACAGUACUAGCAUUGAAGCUGCCAACCAGUGGAGAGAAACAGUUACAAAUCCAGAAAAAGUUGUUAUCCAGUGGCACAAGCUAAAUCCAUCUUGAAGACUUUACACUUUUAAUUUGGUGAAGAACUUGACUUUCUUGGAGAAGAUUUGUCAUUUCAUCUUGGUACCAAUGAGAGGAAACAAAUCAAUAUGUUUGUCAAUAUAUUUAAGGAGGUCAUAAUUAUAGUUUAUAGUGGGUCUUUUAGAAAAUUAAACUUGAUAACAAAAAAGGAUGAGUUAUAUCAGAUAUCCAAAGUGUUUUAAAAACUGCCAAGAUAGACAAUUGAAGGGUAGUUAUAGUGAUCGAAAUAAAUUAUAAAUCAAUGAGAGUAUCAACCACACGUAGUUACUGUGUUGUAUUUUGGUUUUUUUUUAAAAAGUUUUACUUCAGUUUUUAAAA